AUGGCCGGCGUGGGUGGUCCCGGCAAGUUACGGUCGUAUUGGGAAGACAAAGUUUACAAUAUCGUGCGUCAGAAAUCAAAUGAGAUUCCCGUGUAUGAAGUCAUUCCUGAGAGUGGCGGGGAGAAGACAAGAGUACUGCACAGGAACAUGCUAUUUCCAUGUACGUAUCUUCCUGUGGAGAAUCUUAUUGUGAAACCAGCUCAGUUAUUAAAGAAGAAAAAGGGGAAACAGGUCACACAAGAUUAUCAGACAGAUAGUGAAAACGAGUUCGGGAUUGUUACGUUUGCACUUGAAUUAACGCGGACAGAUCCAGAAGAUGAAUUCGUGCCAGUGUCGGUUGAAAAUGAAGCCCAGCAGAGUGUUGAGGAAGCUGUACAAGAAGGUGCCACACCAGAAGAACCAGCUCAAGAGAGUCAAGCUGCGACUAGUACCACGGUAGCAGCGGAGGCUGAGACACAAGUUGAUUCACACCCAGUUAGUUCACAACGAGUACGACGACCACCAACCAGACCAACCUCGUACCCAGGGCUAGUCGCAAAUUGAAGGCGGCGACAUAGCCCUGGUAAACGCUGGUCACGUGACUCCAAAAUUACGUAAUUGUUACUUUUCUCAACCGGGGGGUGAAUAGCAGAAUAGGUGAAACUCGAAGACAAACAGUUUUUAUCUCCGAAAUUCUUCAAUCUUCCUUCUGAAUUUUUCACUUCAAGCUUUUCUCAAAGUACGGCGAUCGAUCAAAUGGAUCAAUACUUUCUGUAGAAAAAACUCAGUGAGAUUUGUUCGUAUGAGACGUUUAAAAGACAUGGAUAUGUCGCCAGAGACGCUCGAUCAUUGCACAGGUUUAUGGAAUAGUACUUUGUUCAUUUUGUUGCGACUUAUGCAAACCCAACUCUUGUAUAAUGACUAAAAGUUGGUUUGUAGAGGGACAACUUAUACAAAAGAUAUGAAUACAUUAGCUUCAAACAGGGACAAGUUCAUGGACAAUGGACAUCCCUAAUAUAUGGACAUUGAUAUUUCACCAAUAUGUAAAUAUGACUAUUAAAUAUAUAAAAGGAUUCCUGUUGUAUUACUUGUAUAUGUAUAUGUACAAGUGUUGUGCUGUGGUAUCUAUGGACUAGAAUUUCUGAGGGGGUUGAAAAAGCCGUUUCUGAGGGGUUGUGUGCAUCGGCAUGACGGCAUCCUUUGAUCUUUGCAUUUUUUCUGAGGGAUAAGGCAAAAAUUUCUUAAUUUCUGGGGGGGUGUUGGUGUCGGCACUUUGAUCUUUUUUUCUUAGGGGUUCAAAUUUUAUUGAACUCGUCCAUAGGGGGUGUAUACAUUAAUUAAUGGAAUGGCCCAAUGCACCCAGAUGCACCCUACUUUGUUAGUUUACUCUGUCUAACGCCAGACAAUUUUACUCGUCAGGUGGAGGGUGCAUGGCGCAAUUCAAUGGGUUAACAUAGUCGAUGAACAUGCCAAAUGAUCCUUGACCGUGGUAGUACAUUUUUGCACUUGCUGGAUGAUAUUGCAACGAAGCAUUGUUUCAGAGGAAGAGCACUGAGAUCAUGCUGUGUAGCAAUUGGAAUCUCACAUAGAGCCUGCUCUCACAUAAAGCAGGCAAGACCUUCACUCAGAAGCCAGUCCUGAUUAAUAUUAAUUCCCCACAUAAACACUUGGAAACCACACUGUCCCAUCUGCCAUAUGCAGGACAAAAAAACAUGCAGCCUGGACUUUAACUGUUAAACAACCAAAUCAGCAUGAUAAACAGUGUGAUGAUUUUUGUUUAGCCCAAACCAAAGCCAGGUUUCUAGAAUUAAUUUGCAGAAUCCUAAGAAUUGGACCUCCUCCAACUUGAAGAGCUAGCUGUGCUAACCAAGUUCCAUGGGCAACCCUGAAUUGACAUGACUAGAGCAAACCUUCAAAAAAUAAUAGAGAGAUCAGAUUUGACUUCCACUGCUGCUAUUGCUACCAUUAACUAGAUAAGUUUCAUUUAUCCAAUCAAACAAUCGGAUGCAACUGCCAGAUCAAGUAGUGGUAGUGGAAGUUAAAUUUGAACCUUUCUAUAUGGAUUUCAGAGAGACCAGUCAUUAUUUGUUGAUAUAUUAUUAUAACUUGUUUAAUCAAAAGCUUACUAUAUAUUCAUGAUAUUAAAAAUUGAUAUAAUUUUAUCUAAGUGAGAAUAAUUUUAAAAAAACAUUCAUAACAUAAAAUGAUUCAUGCAUGCUGGUGAUUGAAUAAACCAUGAAGUGUGCAAUCUGAAUCUCUACAAGUUCCUUGACAUUAUUUUUCCAGUACAGUGUAAAACUAUAUAUAUAAAUGUGACACAGGUUGCAGGUAUUAGGUUGCAUGUCCACCAGUGUGCUGAAAUACCAUCCAGUGACCCAAUCUGGUUCAUUGUUACUUGCAUCUUGCUUAAUUCAACUGUUUUCGCCCCAUUUCUUGUACCCAUAAAGUUCUUUUCAAUAAUCUAGAAAACUUCAAAAUCAUUCAGUAAAUUUAAUUUUAAAAUUGGGUGAAAGGUAAGGGGCCAAUAAUAGAUGAAGAAAUCAUUUCUUAUUGUUCAUACAUAUGGCCCCCAUCUCUGUCAGGUAUUAGAGUAGAAAUUUAUUGAAGCCUGAAGUCAGAAAAUAAAUAUGGCAACAUGGUUACAUGCCAUACUGCAGAGUUAGGCAAUUUUUUUAAAGAUCUCAAGGGCACAAAAGGUAUAAAUAUAGAUUGUAGGGGCAAGGGAAAAUUGAGACUCAGGGGCAGGUUUUACAAUGGGUUGCUAAAACUUUUCCCUAAAAAAUCCCUGACCAGCUGGAGUGCUGAAACUGAUGUUUGACUAUUGAAAUAUCCUAGCAGGUUAGGUUCAUCAGAUUUUAGCUUUGUCAACCUGGCCACUCUGUUAUUACAGUAAUGGCUCAUUUAAAUAAUUUCAGGUCAUUACUGUAAAUGUAAAUACAAAGUAUUUGAAGUUUAAUAAUACUGCUGUAAAAUGUAGUUUAAUAAUAUUGUAUUAAAGUGUAAACACGUUUCUCAAGGCUGGCCAUGUGUUUCUCAAUAUUCACAAUAUUUAACUACAAUUGUACAAAUUCAACUAUAUUUAAUAACAUACUGUAUAAAAUAUAUUACAGUAAAUAGCCUUCGAAAUAUAUAUUUCAUAGAGCUAGACAGUGUAUAAACAAAUAAUGGGAAUCUGCUAAAUAAUUUGUAACAAUGAAAUACUUCUAAACAUUUUCAAAUUCAUAUAUACUGUACCUUUUUAUACUUGAUGGAAAUCAUCACAAAUAGUAUGUACGAGAUUGGCUCCAUUUUCACUGCUUCGAGUUCGAAACAUCGCCUCCUCGGCGAUUUACAUGAUGCGAUAUAAAAGAAGAUUGAUGUACAUUCGACGUAAUAUAUAAUCGUAACAUAUUAAGAAGAAACAACAAAAAAUAAAAGAAUAUAAAUAAUCCGCGGCAAUUCAAGAUCCAUUCGUGAACUUUUCGUCGCCCCCCUGUCUUUAUUUCCACAAAGCCCGCUCGCAGGCUAAUACUCCAAGAAUCUUGGAGUAUUUGCCUGACACGUGACCAGCGUUUACCAGGGCUAUGUCGCCGCCUUCAAUUCGCGACUAGUCCUGGGUACGAGGUUGAUUCAUCCCAAGUGGAGGCGAAGUACCUUUGCGAAGUUCAAAUCCCAAGUCCCCAGCGUCGCAAACAAGUGGGAAGCAAAUCAUAAAAUUCCAAUUAGUGGCCAACUAUUUCCAGCCUUAUACUUUACUACAAAAGUCACGAAACUAUUUUCAUGCAAAAUACAAAACAAGUGUAACUCCAAACAUCGAUAAUAUUUCUAUAGAAUUAUUUAUCAACGUUAAUUUCGACUCUAUUUCAGUCAUCAUCAGAAUAAACUCCUGAUGAUGACUGAAAUAUAGUCGAAACGUUGAUAAAUAUAAAAUGUUAUCGAUCUUUGGAGUUGUACUUGUUUUGUAUUUUGCUAAAAUACUCAGUGGUUCUAAAAAUAUUUUCAUGCAUGAAAUUAAAAUAGUUUUUCCUAUGUAUUUUUACAUACUUUUUUUGAACAUCUGAAAGUUAACUUCAUUUAUUUGAAUUAACAUAUUGAACAUUUCAACAUAUUUAUCGAGUACAAACUUAAUGAUAUACAAAAACCAGAAAUCCCAGACAUAAGAUAUUCAAUCUACUUCCAUACUAAUUCACACAAUUAUCACUUUGAGGCCUGGCUAAUUCAAGUGUAAACAGUGGACUGUGUAUAACACGACAAUGUAAAUCUCAAACAGUCUUAGCGGGAUAAGGUAGUAAAACAAAAUAUGUCGAAGUAGCUACUGUAAUGUUGGCCGUGUUUUAGCUGUUGUUUCCCUUGCAUGCAUUUUACUCCCAGUAGGGUAUUUUAUGCGGAGUUAAAUAAACAAAUGUUGUAAAAAUUUACUCUGCACAAAAUGUAGAAAAGCAGUAUGGGUAGUAAAUUAAAUCAGGCCAGUAUUGCACUAAAUUCUUCGACAGACUUAAUGCUUUACAACCUGCGAUUUGGGCAGAAGUUGCAACUAUUUACCUUAUUCUCAUGCAGAAUUUGCAAUUAAAAACAUCGCAUUAUACAAUCCACGACUACUUACUGCUGGAGCCAUAUUUCAAAGUGACAUGCAAAUUAGUACGUAAGGAAGUACUACAUGCGAAUAUAAUUUGUGACCAUGCGAAUAUGAUUUGUGACCAUGAUUUUGCUGUUAUUGUUAAUUGUUUCAAACUGGCUACAUGCAGUAUAUACACUUUUGGCGUGUAUUAAUUAAUGUUCGAUAACGAAAUAUUACUUGAAUAAGUACAAAUUUCAAACCGUAUAGGUUUCUCAAACAUUGGAUUCAUAGAGUAACUCUUCUUGUCCAUUCUAAAAAGAGGAUAUACACAUAUUGUUAAAGCAUCAGGUGAACAACAUGAUAUGCGAAUCUUAUAUACGGAAUGGGUAUACAUGCAAGAGUUCCAAGCCAAACUGGUUUAUAACUGGGAUGCAUAAAAAAGGAGUUCUGUUUUUUUGCUUAAAAUUUUCAUACUACAAUAUAUAGUCCUAGCUGGUAAAAUAGUUAUGCACUUUAGAGAACAUUUAGUCGAAGAAACCACUUAAAAGACGGCGAAAAUAUGUGAUUAAGUAAUUAUAUACAAGUAACUAUAAUUUCAACAAUUUUGCCUGUAAUAUGCAAAAUAUGUGCUUAAUAACAAAUAUUCCGUUUCUUGUCACAUUUUAGUAGUAUAGCAGCAGAUUUAUUAUUAAUAUACGGUUUAAAGUUUGCUCCCUACAAUUAAUUAAACGUCUAAUUGAGACUACCUUAUUAUAGGAAAUUAACGAUGCACUUUAUUAACGCGGAUUUAAAAAAUUCGCGUUAAUUUAAUUAAUGUUAAUUUAUGUUAUUGUUAAUUUUAAGCAUGCAAAUUAAUUUUAGUCACCGUUAAUUAAAAACACUUUAAUUUGUUUUAUAUAACACGAACUCUUUUAACUCAUAUUAAACCUCAAAACAAAGACAUCAGUCCACCUCUUCACUGUCACUGUCAGAGUCUUAAGCUGAACUACAUAUUUAUAUACAUUGGCUUAAAUGACUGUAACUUUCAACGUUAUAGUUUUGACAUAUCUGCUCGCGUACUGUUUUAAUUGGUAGUAUACAAUAUUAAAUUUUUGCUGUUGAGUUUAUAUUAUUCGACUCGCGUUAGUUAAAUUAACUUGUUAACCAUAAAUUGUCAGAUUCGCGUUAAUUAAAUCAGUUUUAGAAGUACCUGGAAGCAAUUAGAGUUAAUUACUGUACACGACAAGUUAAUUUAUGUCGCGUUAAUAAAGUGCAUCGUUAAUUUCCUAUAAUAAGGUAUAUUUUGUAAUCUUUUUGGUUCUUCGGGGAAAGAAUUUUCUACAACAUUCCCCCGAAACAUUUAGAAAAAACAAAGGUUUUACGCCAUCUUUCUUCUCAACCGUGGUCCGGCCGUUACGUAGUAGCUCUAUCACUGCUAAUAGGAAGUUAGAAACCUAAGGCGACCUUGUAUUUGCAGAUUAUUUAUUCUGAUGGCCAGAAGCAAAUUUAUUUACUGCUUCGUGGACAAACAAUUCCGUUUGCAUGCAUGUCGCAUUGUCAAAACAACCCAACAUGACUACUGUGGAAUGCGAAUGUGCUGCUUUUUUUUGUCGUCUUUAUAGGCUGUUGAAGCCAACGAAGACCCUAUAAUAUAA